AUGCCGAAAGAGAUUCUCACCGAUCAGGGCAUGGCGUUUCGGGCUCCAGCCACUUUCCAGCGCCUGAUGGACAGAAUCCUCCGGCCACAUGCUGCAUAUGCCAAGGCAUACUUGGAUGAUAUUAUCAUCGAUAGUAAUGACUGGCAGUGGCAUUUUCAGCACUUGCGGGCGGUCCUCAGGACGCUGAGAGGGGCAGGGCUCACGGCCAACCCAAAGAAGUGUGCCACUGGGCACGAGGAAGUUAGGUAUCUGGGCUUCCACUUAGGUAAUGGGCAGGGACCCGAAGACGGCCUCCAGCUACAGGUCUUCACGGGUCCACUUGGAUCCGAAAACCCGAGGUCCGACCCGAGACCCGAGCGGGUUCGGGUCCAAAACUCCGACGAGUGUCUCGGACACGGGUCGGGUUCGAAAAGAGACCUUGACAUGGCUUAUCAGAGGUUUCAGAGCCCAGAGUUGUUGAGAGAUGAAGAUGAGGAUUGUCGGCUGCUGUUGAUUGGUAAAACAGGAUCCGGUAAAAGCGCCACAGGAAACGUCAUCUUUAAUAAACGAGUGUUUAAGUCACAAAACAGCUCAGUGACUAGAUUCUGUCAGACACACACUGGAGAAGUUGACCACAGAAGCGUGACAGUCAUCGAUACUCCAGACUUCAGAUUCUCCACUCACACUGACUUUGAUUCAGACUCGGAGCUGAAGAGAGCUCUUAGAUUACGUUCAGCAGGAGUUCAUGUCUUUCUGCUGAUUCUGCCGUUAAGCACUUUCACUGAACAUGAGAAGGAUUUCAUUGAUUGGUUUGAGCAGAAGUUUGGUGUCGAAGCUCUCAGAUUUACUCUAGUGCUCUUCACUCAUGCAGAUCAGGGACACAUGAGAUCACUAGCAGAAAUGAUCAGGGCAAAUCCUCAAUUAUCUGCUUUCAUUCGCCGAUGUGGUCAGAGAUAUCAUGAGUUUAACAAUAAAGAUCCAGCAAACAGACGACAGGUGACUGAACUCAUGGAGAAGAUCGACACACUGAUAACUGAGAACACAAACUCCCGUUACACACUAGAAAUGAUGCAGGAGAACGACAGGAGAAGAGAAGAGGAAAAGAGAGAAGAGGAGGAGAGGAGAGAGAGAGAACGUCAAAUGAAAUUAGAUGGAAUCAGACGAGAGACAGACAUGCGAGUGAGGAGAGAAUAUGAGCAGGAACAGGAGAAAUGGGAGAUAGUGGAGAAGCCAGAAGAGGAGUCGAGAGAACAAAUGACAUUAGAAGGAGUCGGAAAAGAGCCAGAGGAGAAAAUCAGAGCAGAGUCUGAUGCUGAACAAAGUUUUUUAUCAAAAACAUCUUGGAUCAAUCGGUGUUAUAAGGCUGUUGGAGCUGCUGUUGCAGCAGUUGUUGGUGGAGCUUUUGUUGGUGGAGCUGUUGGAGCUGUUUUUGGAGGUGUUACUGGAGCUGGUGGUGGUGUCAUCGCUGACAGAGCAAAAGGACUAUUCCGCUAUUCCAGCGGUCGAGGACAUGCUGGCUACACACCUUCCCCCGUCGUCAGCUCCGUCAUGGAAAUCUCGCCGCUCCUUCUCUCUAAACCGCAGGACUACUUCCACCCUUAUCGGAAAGUCCUACGGCAGCUGGUCAGGCAGGCAUGGCCCUACACACUAUGGCCAUCCUCCAAGCCCAUGUAA